AUGCAGAGCCUGAUGGUCUAUCCAAAUGACAAUGAUUUCCUCCACAUGGCAUCGAUCCUCGACGACAAUGUCACCAAGCAGCUCAUGCACCCCACCGACCACCACAACAACCAGCACCACAUGGAGAACUACAUGACCACAUCCUCAACAUCCACCUCUUCCUCGCCCAUCCAGGACUACCUCAUCGCACCACCAACCUACCAACACCCCCAGCAACAGCAUCCCAACCAGCGUCAGCACCAGGUCCAGUUCCCCAUCGUCCCUGUCAUGCCAACCAUGGUCGCCGCUGCCGCCGCCGUUGCAGCAGCUGGCUCUCACUCCGCCCCUUCAUCGCCCUCAUAUCCCAUCAUCAAGUCCGAGGAGAUUCAGGCACAGCAAAGGAUGGACUAUCUGAUGUUCCCCAACUUUGAUCUCCCUUCCUCCACUGCCUCUUCAACAAGCUCGACCUCCCCUCAGAUGCAGCAGCAGAGGAUGAUGCCCUACGAUGCCUCGCUUAUCCAGCAAAGACACCACCACCAGCAGCAACAGCAACAGCAUGCCCAGCAAUUGCGCCUUCAGCACCAGCGUGCUCUUGAGCAACAGCAGCAGCAGCAGAUGAUGUUUGAUGCCACCGCCUCCAACCAUUCAACGGCAUCGACCAUGUCCAUUCCCACGACCAACGCCAUGAUGUCAACCAUGUCUGCAAAUGCAGCAGUGCCCACGACCACCCCCUUCUUCCACCCCUCCAACAUCGCCUACAUGCCUGCAGCCCACCCGGCAGCACCCAAGCGCAAGCGCGAGGAAUCAGGACAGAGCCUUCCCCGUCAGACCUCCCCUCAACUUCUCGACAACACCACUACUGUUAUGACCACCCCUUCCAACACCUCCUCUUCCAACAUCGAUGAGCCCUCACGGCCCACAUCUCCUUCCCUUGUGACUCUUCCCAAGAAGAUCUCUUCCCCCUCGAGCAGGCCCUCGACCAGUUCUCGCUUGGAUAAAGUCAAGGCGACCCGAUCCACCAAAGUCACCAAAUUCGCCUCUUCUUCUCCUACUCCCUCUUCCUCCUCUAUCGCCUCCACCUCCACCGCUGCCCUCUUCUCCAACACAGACAUGUUUUUCUCGACUUCCCCUGCUCAGGAUAGCAAGGCCGCACGAUCCUCCACCAAAAAGUCAACCUCCUCCGCCACAAAGAAGGCCCAGUCCGAAUCCCGGGAGACCUCACCCAUCUCUGCCGACUCUUCUGCUGGUCCUCAUUCCUCAUCCCCCGCCCCCGGCUCAGGAAACAUCACCCACCCUCGUCGCGCCGCCCAGAACCGCGCCGCUCAGAGGACGUUCCGCAACCGCCGUAAGGCCUACAUCAAGGAGCUGGAGCAGAAGGUCCAGGAGAUGGACCAGACUCGCGACCUCAUGGAUGCGAUCCAGCGCGAAAACCAGGAGGUCUGGAGACGUCUCCAAGUCCUCGAGGCCAUGGCCUCCCAAAAUGGCCUCCAGGUCCCUGCUUUCCCUGCCCUUAUUCCUUUCGCUCCCAACCUUAACGCCAAUGUUAACAACAACAACGGCAUGAUGAUGAUGACCAGCCAUAGCAGCAACCCCAUGAUGGGCAGCAGCAACGAGGAGGAUGAGGACGAGGACGAGGACAUGAGCGACUCUUAUGCCCAUCCCGCCUACCCUGUUCUUCAACAGCGCCAGCACCCUCACCACCAGCAGCUCUAA